CCGUCUUCUCCCAGACAGACCCUGCCCUUUCCUUUCUGUCGCCCUGUCUGUGGAUUCUGUUGUAGAGGACUAGGAGACUAACAAUGGGAAGAUUUCUCUGUGGCCUGCAAUGCUGACACUCCAGUUCCCCCUCCUGGGAUUUUAUGUCAAGUGGUCCCUGCCCCUUUUGAAUGUCAGUCAUUAUGGCUAAGCGUGAAACCGGCAGCACCAGCCCUGUGGUCAGGCAGAUAGACAAGCAGUUCCUGGUCUGCAGCAUCUGUUUGGAUCAUUAUCACAACCCCAAGGUUCUGCCUUGCCUGCAUACUUUCUGUGAGAAAUGUCUCCAGAACUACAUCCCUCCCCAGUCUUUGACACUAUCCUGUCCAGUAUGCAGACAGACUUCUAUCUUGCCAGAGAAGGGUGUAGCAGCCCUCCAGAACAACUUCUUUAUCACAAACCUAAUGGAGGUGUUGCAGCGAGACCCAGAAUGCAACCAACCUGAAGCGUGCAAUGUACUUGAGUCGGCCAAUGCAGCUACAACCUGUCAGCCCCUUUCUUGCCCUAACCAUGAGGGCAAGGUGAUGGAGUUUUACUGCGAGUCAUGUGAGACAGCUAUGUGUCUGGAGUGUACAGAAGGAGAACACAGGGAGCAUGUGACGGUUCCCCUGAGGGAUGUGCUGGAGCAGCAUAAGUCAGCUCUUAAAAAUCAGCUGGACACUGUGCGCAACAGACUACCUCAACUAACAGCUGCCAUUGAGCUUGUAAAUGAGAUCUCCAAACAACUAACAGGGAGGAAAAAUGAAGCAGUGACCGAAAUAAGUAGUACUUUUGAUGAGCUGGAGAAGGCCUUACACCAACGCAAGACUGCUCUCAUCACUGAAGUGGAAAACAUCUGCAGCUCUAAGCAGAAGGUGCUUCAAACUCAAUUGACCUCUUUGCUUCAGGGCAAAGAGAACAUUCAGAGCAGCUGCAAUUUCACAGAGCAUGCUCUCAGCCAUGGCAGUGCCACAGAAGUCCUACUAGUCCAGAAACAAAUGGGAGAGAGGGUCAGCGCUCUGGCCAGACACAGCUUUCCCGAACAUCCCCAUGAAAAUGGACACCUGGAAUGCCAGGUAGAGACAGAUGGGUUAAGGCGCUCUAUUCAGAAUCUGGGAGUCCUCAUCACAACAGGAGCUGUAGGCCACACUAGUGUUGCCACUGGUGAAGGCCUGCGACAUGCUUUGGUUGGCCAGCACACAACAAUUACAGUCACCACUAAAGACAAAGACGGAGAACUUGUGAAAACUGGGAAUGCGGCUCUGAGGGCAGAGAUUGUCUCUGCAGAUGGAGUGUGCACUGAAGCUGAGGUGGUGGACAACAAAAACGGUACCUAUGAGGUUGGAUAUGCCAUCCGCUCUGAGGGAGAAUUCACCUUCUCUUUGCUGCUAUAUGAUCAGCCUGUGAGGGGGAGUCCAUUCCGUUUGCGGGUCGUCAAGCCAUCUGAUGUCUUGCAGUCACCAGACGAUGUGAAGAGAAGAGUGAAGUCUCCAAGUGGAGGAGGAGGUCAUGUUCGACAGAAGGCUGUGCGGAGGCCCUCCAGCAUGUACAGCACCACCAAGAAAAAAGAAAACCCAAUAGAGGAUGAGCUGAUCUACAGAGUUGGAACAAGAGGGCGAGACAAAGGAGAAUUUACAAAUCUUCAAGGUAUCUCAGCCUCCGGUAAUGGACGGAUUGUGGUGGCAGAUAGUAACAACCAGUGCAUACAGGUUUUCUCUAAUGAUGGCCAAUUCAAGAUGAGGUUUGGAGUAAGAGGUCGUUCACCAGGACAGCUGCAGCGCCCCACUGGUGUUGCAGUAGACAUGAACGGUGACAUAAUUGUAGCUGACUAUGACAAUAGAUGGAUUAGCAUCUUCUCUUCAGAUGGCAAGUUUAAGAAUAAAAUAGGUGCUGGAAGAUUGAUGGGACCCAAAGGUGUUGCUGUGGAUAAGAAUGGACAUAUCAUCACAGUUGAUAAUAAAGCUUGCUGCGUUUUUAUCUUCCAAGCAAAUGGGAAGCUAGUGACGAAGUUUGGAGCCAGAGGAACUUCAGACAGACACUUUGCAGAGAAAAGUGGUGCAAACAUUGCACUGGAAUCAAAGCUUAGUAAAUCUGGCCCUGUUUUCAGUCCUCACUUUGUGGCUGUGAAUAACAAAAAUGAGAUUGUGGUAACAGACUUUCACAACCAUUCAGUCAAGGUGUACAAUGCAGAUGGGGAGUUCCUGUUUAAAUUUGGUUCCCAUGGUGAGGGCAACGGCCAGUUCAAUGCUCCGACAGGAGUGGCUGUGGAUGCCAAUGGUAAUAUUAUUGUUGCCGAUUGGGGCAACAGUCGGAUCCAGGUUUUCGACAGCUCAGGAUCGUUUCUCUCCUACAUCAACACAUCAGCUGACCCGCUUUACGGCCCUCAGGGCUUGGCCCUUACUUCUGAUGGCCAUGUGGCAGUGGCAGACUCUGGGAACCACUGCUUUAAGGUCUACCGCUAUCUGCAGUAAAGACCCAAGACAGCCACCUUCACCACAGCAAGCACUGACGACACAACCAAUGUAUUCCACAGGGUGCAAUGAUAUUCCAGCACAGCCUUUUGAUGUGCACAUCAGCUUAUAUCCCAGAUAUAAUUGUCAACUCAUUUUCCCUGUAUGAUGUGUACUGAAGGUUAAUUUUUAAGUUUGAAUAAUGUAGCGAACAGGACAAAUACUGAGAUAAAUGACUGGACUGGUUUUAGACAACUUGCAAAAGCUUUUUGUGCUUCAUUGAAAAUGCUAUUGAAAAUAUUAUCACAGCAGACUUUCUGUAAAGCCUGACACUUUAGGAGAUAGACUGAAGUAUUUAAUCAGCCAUAACUUGAGCAGAUGCAUGAAGUUGAAAUUUUUUCUCAAUACCUAGGCAACAACGCAGUGUACCCGUCAUUUGCUUUUAUCAUGAGCUAGUAAAUGCUUAAAGUGAAAUAAACAGUGCUAUGCUUCUCCAGCAAUGAAAUGUAAAAUUUCUCAUUUACUGGCACCUCGCAUAAAAAUGUCAUCACCAUCUGUGCAUUGAUUUGCUGUAUGUACUGUAUAUACAUGAAUGUAUAUUGUGUAUAUUAGAUCACUCUCUAUGUAUGUGCUAUUAUUUCAAAACACACAGAUUUCUGCCUAAUCAGAGAGCAGGAGAAAAUGAAGGAUUCCAGGAUUUUAAUAAUGUGUAUGGCAGCUGUUAAAGAGUGAGCUCUUUAAACACACCCAGCACAUGCAUUAAAGAAGAAGAGUGUCAUAUUAUUGCUUAUGUAAGCAGCACAACAAUAGUUUUGUUUAUAACAGUUAUUUUAAAGGGGGAAAACAAUGGAAAUGCUAAUUUAUUUUAUUUGUACUUUGUACUAGCUUAGCAUUUACAAAUUAUUUUUCUAAAAUUUUUCUUUAUGUGCUUUUUUCCCCCCCCUUUUCGUUAUUUUGGAACUCCCUACUUUUAAGGGGAUUAUUCCUAUUAAAGCAGAAUUCAGUAUCCACCAUCAUCUUGAAAAUGUAGAUCAGCAUUUGUACAGAUGAGCAGCUCUUUUCCAAUGAUACUUAACCAUUUUUGUUUUCCUUUUAGAUGCCAACAAAAAAAAGCAAUUUUCUGUGUUUAAAUUCUUAUGUUUGACUGAAGAACUGAAUUGAUUGUUUUUGCCUUUAGCAAUUUGAUAGCUUUAUUCUUUGAAGUGCUACCACCCGACAAAAACUUUUACACAUAUCUCAGGAAAUCCAUUCAAAUUUGAAUACAGUGCUAGUAUAACAAUAUCAAAUAUUAUUAAUUGCAUUUGCAGGUCAGAUUGGUCACUUUUUGAGAAAACUGUUGAUUUGUACAAAUGUAUCUGCAUCAGAGAUCACAGAAAUUAUGGAGAUUGAAUAUGAAUUCUGUUUUACUGGUUGGUGUUGUAUGGCUUCACAGGAAACAGUUACACAUGCAUUACUGUAAAUGACCAUUUAUUAGAUGACAUUGGCGAGUAAACACAUCCACGCUUGAGAAUCCACUCAGUAUAAUACAUCUGUAAGCUAUCUGUCUUUUAGACCUAAGUUUCUACCUGGGCUGUUGGGCUGUUGUUGCUCUUGCUCCCCCUCAUGUUCAUUUUAUGUAAUUUCAUAAGAAAACAUGGUGCCACAAUGGACGAGAGAAAGGUUGCUGUAAAGACAGGGUCCUGGUCUGACUUAAUUAUCUGCAGCACUGUGUUUAACAUCGUAACAUUAGCUCUUCAUACUGUGGAGCUUUUAUUUGAGUGGGAUUGUACAUCACCAGUUGUCAGCCAGAAAGCUGCUGUCUUUACUUGCAUUUGAUCUAUUGUUUGACUUGUUGCCAAACAAGAGCAAAGACAUCUUUUUGGAGUCAAUUGCUCACAUUUUGAGAUGUGUCUAAAGUAUUUCACCAUACCCAAUAUUUUGUUUUCUCUAUGAAUAUGCACUGGUAAUAAAAGCACAUGGUUUACUGA